GCCUCCACCACCACCGCAAACAAACCACGCCAAUCCCCACAGCACAUCGUCCCUUUGUCACCCACCUUGUUUCGAUCAAGUGCUCACGAGGUACGGGUGUGUCCCGUCUUCUCACAGCUUCUCUUGGCUUGGCUUGCUGUGGCUGAUCAAGCAGCCAGCACAACACAGCAAAGACACACGUGCAACGAGACACACUGCUGCUUUGUGCUGUGCUUCACACAACAGCAAACAAACCACAAACGCAUACACACAAACCACACAAACCACACACACACACACAAGCGCUUCAACGAGCACAUCAUGGUGCUGUUUGCGUGGCGUGUAGACAUGCCACGCCGCUGCGGCCAUACCCCCAGCACCAGCAACAACAACAGCACCAGCAACAGCAGCAAACCAAGAGCAAGGACACCAGUGGCGCUGGCGCUGUUGGUGUUGCUUGGGCUGCUUUGUACGCUGGGUGCUGCACAAGAUACAACCACAACCUACUGCUUGGACGACACCGUGCUCGGCGCAUGCGAUGGCUUGGCGACAACCACCACCAACUCCACCGACUGCAGUCAAAGCACUUUGUGCUCGUGUGUAAACGACGCCCUUGUGCCCGAGGAAGGCCCGCCGUGCAUCUGCUCUGAGGAGCACUACGAAGACAGUAGCCAGUGCUUGCCGUGCACCUCAGAGUGUUCCACGGACCAGUUUGAGUCCCAGGCAUGCACGCCAACCCAGAACCGCCAGUGCCAAACGUGCACCGCCUCCUGCACCGAGGGCAAGUACCUUACCCCCUGCAUGGCCACCGCUGAUGCCCAGUGCGUGGAUUGCACCAUCUGUGAUACCGAUCAGUACGAGAUUACGGCGUGCACCACGAACAGCAACCGCGAGUGCACCACCUGCACAGUCUGCAGCAGCAACCAGUACCAGGUUGCCGAUUGCAGCGACUCCGCCGAUCGCAUGUGUGCAAGCUGUACCACCUGCACUGGUGACACAUAUGCGUCCACGCCUUGCUCCGAAGAGGUGGACACAGUGUGCUCCGACUGCUCGACGUGCACCGACACGCAGUUUCUCACGGCCGAGUGCACCCCGACCUCCAACACCAUGUGCGAGGACUGCAGCACCUGCGAUGAGGACCAGUUUGUCACGGCCAACUGCACGGAUACAGAGGACACACAGUGUCAGGCGUGCACCACGUGUGACCCAACGGAGUACCAGAGCGUGGCGUGCUCGGCGUUUGCGGACAGCGAGUGUCUCCCCUGCACAACGUGCGAGGACACCGAGUAUGUGCAACAGCCCUGCACAGAUGUCACAGACACGGUGUGUAUGGCCUGCUCCGUGUGUGAUGCGCCCGAACAGUUCACCGCCACCAACUGCACGACAUCAGCGGAUACUAUGUGUAGCGACUGCGCCACGUGUGGUGCCACGCAGUUUGAGACGACCGCGUGCACGCAGUGGAGCAACCGCGAGUGCCAGGACUGCCUCGAGUGCAACCCUGGCGAGUACCAGACCCGCAACUGCACGGAGACGGCGGACAGGGAGUGCGCACUGUGCUCCCAGUGUGACAACGAUGAGUACAUCAGCGUGGCCUGUGGCGUGACAACGGACACCGUGUGCGCCGAUUGCGCCGUUUGCCGCAGCGACCAGUAUGAGACCAGCCCCUGCACAGAGGUUGCAGAUCGCACGUGUGCCAACUGUACCGAGUGCGAGCCAGGCUUCUUCACGUCGCGCGAGUGCAGUGCAACGCUGGACCGUAACUGCACCGCGUGCCGCACGUGCGCCGAUGACGAGUUUGAGACCGUCCCCUGCACUGCAAGCAGCAACCGCGAGUGCCAGGCGUGCAGCACCUGCGACCCGACGCAGUACAUUCUGCACGCGUGCAAUGCGACCGCCAACACGGUGUGCGACGUGUGCUUGACGUGCGAACCGGGCACGUAUGCAACCGGUGGGUGUGAUGGCGUCAACCAGCGCACGUGCGGACCGUGCACGCAGUGUGACUUUGACAACGAGUAUGAAACGCACGCGUGCGAGCCGCUUGCAGACCGCGUGUGCACCAACCUGACCGUGUGCGAUUACGACGCCAUGUUCAUGUCUGUGAUGCCCACGGCCACCACCGACCGCGAGUGCACAGCGCUCACCGUGUGCGACACGGCCACGCAGUACGAAUCGACACCCAAGACGGUGACGAGCGACCGCAUCUGCUCCCCCAUCAGCAGCUGCGACGCCGGCGAGUUUGAGACCCGCGCGCCAACGCCAACAACGGACCGCGUGUGCGCGCUCUGUCCUGCGGGCACGGUUGACGACAACGGCGACGGCCUUGGCGAGUGUGUGCAGUGCCCCGCUGGCGUGUACACCACCAACGGCACAGUUGGGCCCUGCAGCGCCUAUCAGUGCCCGGUGGCGACGGCCGAUCUGGACAUGAACCCGGCAACCGCGUGCGACGACUGCAACGGUGUCACCAACUACCAGAACGAGGAGGGCAAGACAACGUGCAAGGUGGUGAAGGAUUGCCCGCCCGGACAGGAGGAGAACUCGCCGCCCGCACCCAACGCAGACCGCACGUGCCGCUUCUGCGUUCUCUCGCGCACCUACAAGCCGACAACGGGGCAGGCGCCGUGCAUGAACACUACGACGUGCCCGCCUGGCAUGGAGGAGACGACCCUGGCCACGCGAUCGAGUGAUCGCCAGUGCACCAUGUGCGCAGACGGCAAAGUGAAGGAGGACCCUGGCCAGUCCACGUCGUGCGUGCCGCAUUACAUCUGCCCGGCAGGCCAACGCGAAUCUGCGGCCCCCACAGCGUCCACAGACCGCGUGUGCGAGGAUUGUCCUGUCGACUUCUUCAAGACCAGCCCUGGGCAGGACCCCUGCCUGGAGGUGGACGUGUGUUCGCAGAUGGAGUAUGAGCUUCGUGCGCCAACUACAUCCCAGGACCGGCUGUGUGAACCCAUCACCGUGUGCACCUCCGAGCAGUGGCAGUCGACGGAGCCAACAGCAACCAGCGACCGCGUGUGCGAAGCGUGCUCAACGUGCCCAGAGGGUCGCUUAGAGGUGCAGCCGUGCACGCCAACCUCCGACCGCGUGUGCGAGGACUGCUCAGCGUGCACUGAAGGGGUUCAGUUCAUUGCACAGGAGUGCGGGGUUGACGACACGGUGUGCCAGGACUGCCGCACGUGUCUGCCCACGGAGUACGAGACGGCCAGCUGCCAGCUCCGUCGCAACCGCCAGUGUGCUGCGCUCACCCGGUGCACGGGCAACGAGUAUGAGGAGACGCCACCCACGGCCACCGCAGACCGGGUGUGCCUUGACCUGACCGUGUGCACGUCGCUCCAGUACGAGUCCCUUGCUGCGACAGACACCUCGGACCGAGAGUGCACGCAGCUGACGCAGUGUGUGCCCGGCCAGUAUGUGUCACGCGCGCCAACCUCCACCACAGACCGCGAGUGCACGGUGUGCGCGGAGGGAACGACGGACCACGAUUCCACCGCGUCCACGCCGUGCCAGUCGUGCAGCGCAGGCACGUAUGUCCCUGAAGGGUCGGCGGGCGCCUGCAGUACGUUUGUGUGUCGUGCUGGCACCAUUGACGAUGAUGAAGACGCGUCCACGGCGUGCGUGUCGUGUGUGUCGGGCGUGUCGCACCAGCCCGACGCAGGCCAGACCGCCUGUGUCCCCGUCACGGUGUGCGCACCUGGGUUUACGGAGAGCAUCGCUCCGACUGCAGUGCGUGAUCGCGGAUGCAGCGCAUGUGCCAUGGGCAAGUUCAAGGCAACGCCCGGGUCAGAUGCGUGUGAGGACUGGGCUGUGUGCAGCAUGAGCACGCAGUACAUUGCGCAACACCCCACUUCCACGUCGGACCGCGUGUGCGAGGACAUUACGGAAUGCGACGCCAUCACGCAAUACGAGACGGUUGAGCCUACGGCCACCACAGACCGCAAGUGCACAGCACUCACCACGUGCAGGGCGGACACGGAGUAUGAGUCUGUUGCUCCAACGCCAACCACGAACCGCGUCUGCAAGACGCUGCGUGUCUGCUCCGGUGACGAGUUUGAGGCCACCGCGCCCACAGCCACGAGCGACCGCGUGUGUCUGCCCGUGCAAUCGUGCGACGACGGCUACUUUAUUGAAGCCGACGCAACCCCAACCUCCGAUCGCGUGUGCACGCUGUGGACCGUAUGCGAUGCAGACGAGUACCAGAGCGUCGCCCCUUCCCUGAACCGCGACCGCGAGUGCACGAAGAUCAGCGCGUGCGUGGACGGCACGUACGAGACGGCAUCGCCAACACAGACAACGGACCGACAGUGCGCAGACUGCCGCACGUGUGCAGCGGGCACGUUUGAGUCGCAGGCAUGCACCGCGUCAACCAACAGGGCGUGCACGGCCUGCUCGCCGUGUGCGGAGGGUGAUGCGUACGAGAUGCAGGCAUGCACACCUACAAGCGACCGCGUGUGUAGCCCUUGCUCCAUGUGCAUGGAUGGGUUCUUCAUCGACGCAACGUGCACUGCACUGGACAACACGGACUGCUCCCGCUGCUCCCGCUGUGCACAGGGCAGCUACCAGACUCAGCCGUGCGGCGCUGCUGCCGACACGCAGUGCACCACAUGUCGCACGUGCACGGCUGGCGUGACGUUUGCCACUGGCGGGUGUGUCAACGAGCUUGACACGGAGUGCACGCCCUGCAGCGCGUGUGGCGCAACCGAGUUUGUGUCGCUGGCGUGCACGCCCACGACCGACACGGGCUGCACCGCUUGCAGCGUGUGCCCGAUUGGCAAGCACAUUGACCAGGCGUGUGGCGAGACCACCGACACGGUGUGUGCCGAGUGCGGCAACGGCAAGUACCAGGAUACGCCCGGCGCCCAGGCAUGCAAGGACUGCACGUCAUGUCAAGCAGGAACGUACAUCAAGUCCCCGUGUGGUGUUGCGGUGGAUGCCGUGUGCGAGGAGUGUGAGAGCGGCAGGUACCAGGACCAGUCGGACAAGGCCUCGUGCAAGCGAUGCAGCGUGUGUCCCGCAGGCAAGAAGGAAGUGCAGGCGUGCACGGCGUCCUCCAACACGGUGUGCCAGGACUGCGAAGACGGGUUCUACCAGGACGAGGGGGAUCGCGCCACGUGCAAGCGCUGCAGCCGCUGCUCGCCGGACGAGUACGAGGAGCAGGCGUGCACCAGCACGAGCGACACCGUGUGCGUGGCGUGCACGACGGGGUGCAGCCCGGGCGAGCGCGUCACGGCAUCUUGCAGUGACACCGCCGAUCUGCAGUGCUCCGUGUGCCCGACGGACGAAUUCCAGGCAUCGGAUGACCACCUCGACACGUCAUGUCUGACGUGCAGCACCUGUCGCCGCGGUCAGUACGUCACCCGCUCCUGUACUCGCACGCUCGACCGCACGUGCGCGAGCUGCGACCCUGGCGCGUACUCUGACGCGGAGAAUGCGCAGGAGUGCGCCAAGUGCGGACACGGCACGUACCAGGAGCGACCGGGCCAGACAUCGUGCACGGAGUGUGUGAGCGGCACGGCGUCGUCCGUGACGGGCGCCACAUCGAGUGACGUGUGCGCGCCGUGCGAUGUGGGCCAGUACCAGGACCAGACUGGGCAGUCCGUGUGCAAGCGGUGUCCAACGGGCACGGCAAACGGCAUCACGGGGGCAACGUCGCUUGACGACUGCGUGUCAUGCUCGCUUGGCUCGUACCAGGACGAGAGCGGGAAGGGCACGUGCAAGGAGUGCCCUGCUGGCGCAUACCAGGACGACAUGGGGCAGACCGGAUGCAAGCAGUGCGCACGUGGCAAGUACUCCAACGUCGUUGCGGCCACCACCGUCAACGCGUGUCAGGACUGUCGCCAGGGCUUCUACCAGCCACAAAAGGGCCAGACCUCCUGCGUACCGUGUGCUGUGGGCCAUUUUUCCACAACAACACGCGCCAUUUCCGGCAGCGUGUGCCAGGCGUGCGCGGAAGGGUCAUACCAGGACCAGGAUGGUUCAAACUCGUGCAAGAUGUGCCCACGUGGCACGUUUGGGUCUGUGACUGCAGCCACGUCGGUGGACGAUUGCUCCUCGUGCGCGGCAGGCAAGUACCAGCCAGAGGUUGGACAGACGGCGUGCAUCGAGUGUCCACGCGGCACAUAUACGAAUGACAUGCGCCAAACCUCGUGCAUUCCCUGUGACGAGACGGAGUUCCAGGACAAGACGGGCCAGGAGGCGUGCAAGCCGUGCAUUGCCUGCCUUGAUGGCUACACGGAUGUUGGUGGCUGCAACCGCACCCACGACCGCAUCUGUAAAGACAUUGAUCCCCCCAUGAUUGUGAUUGUGGACAGCAACAACAACGACAUUGCGGACAUCUACAUUGUUGAGGCGACAGAUACAGGCGACUACACGCCCCUCCAGGCGCGUGCGUUUGACGCAGCAGAGAAGAAGAGCCUGCCAGUCACCAUCACGGGCGAGGACAACGUCAACACACGCCAACCUGGGGAUUAUGUGGUGACGUACACGGCUGUCGACUCGUCUGGGAACGAGGCGAGGAUGGACGUGACGGUGCGCGUGGUGGACGCCACCAAGCCGCGCAUCGAGUUUAACCCGCUGCUGCUUGUUGUGGAGGCGGCAGUCGACAACCCAGACUUCCUUGCGGGCGUGAGCGCGUACGACAAAGUGGACGGGGACCUCACAUCCAAGGUGCGCACCAACGCGGCCUCUGUUGUGAACCUUCGCAGUCCAGGCGACUACGAGGCUCGCUACUUCCUCGCUGGGCCAGACAGCAGCGGCAACUUUGCGCAGGACCAGCUGCGCACCAUCCGCGUUGUCGACACCACCAAGCCCGUGCUGGUGCUUGACCCGCCAACCAACCUGACCCACGAGGCAGGCACGCCCUAUGUUGACCCGGGUUACCGCGCCACAGACACGCUUGACGGCGUCCUCACAGGCACCGACCAAGUCCAGAUCUCAAACGAGGUGAAUGUGUUUGCACGCAACUUUGAGGUGUUCUUCGUCACGUUUACGGCGACAGAUCAGGCGGGUAACACGGUGACUCGAAUUCGCACCGUCACUGUGGUCGACACAAAGCCGCCCGUCAUCACCAUCAGCGGCGACAGCGAGGUGUUCACAGAGGCUGCCCUGCCGUACACAGAUGACGGCGCAAGUGCCACGGACGUGCGGGAUGGCGACAUCACGCCCAACGUCGACAACCCUGUGAACGUGUUCCCCGCAUCGGUGCCAAAGAUGUUUGCCGUGACGUACGUUGCGCAGGACGCUGCGGGCAACAUGGCGACAGCCACUCGCCAAGUGACCGUCCGCGACACGCUUUCCCCCACGGUGACGCUGCGUGGUGCUAAUCCCUUCUACAUCGAGGCCGGCGUGGCAAGGAGCGUGCCUGGUGUGCAGGUGUCUGACCUGUACGACCGUGAGCAGGACAUUGCGCUGGUGAGCAACGUCGCCGAUGUGAACAUCCGGCCUGCCUCCACCCCUGCCGUGUACACGGUGACCUACACGGCCACAGACCGCUCCGGCAACUCGGCGUCUGUCACGCGCAAAGUGAUUGUGGAGGACACGACGGAGCCGUCCAUCCUGCUUGAGGGCGCAAACCCGCUGGAGUGGGAGGGCGGUGUGACGUGGAGAGACCCGGGCCUGAGCGUGGCGUUUGACUCGUUUGACGGUGACGUGAGCGCGAGCACUAUCACGGGCGUGCAAGUGCGCGAUCUGGGUGUGCGGCAGGAGGCCCAGUGCUCAUUCUCAACGGCAGAGAUGUUUGCUGAGCCGCCCGCCCCAACCUCCUACCACUCCACCCCGCCCAGCGUGCGCUUCGUGGACGUGUUUGCCCCGCCCAACACCGUGUACGACAUUGUGUACACUGUGAGCGACCGUGCAGGCAACCAGGCGUCCCGCACACGCUCUGUCGUCAUCCGCGACACCAUCCCGCCGCAGGUGUACCUGCGCGGCCGCCGCUCCAUGUACAUCGAGUACCUCACCCCCGAGAUGAUGGCAGACCCCGCGUUUGCGGGCAUGCUGUAUCCGCGACCGGGUGCGGAGGCCCAGGACCGCCUGGAUGGCGACAUCUCUGCCAGCAUCUGUGUGACGGUGUCACGGUUUGAGUUUGACGCGACGCGGCCCGGUGCGGUGGCGGCGUUCAACGAGACCCUGCCGUGGUACACGCUGCGGCAGCGGUCUGGGUUCAACAGCCUGCUCAACUCCGAGCCCGUGGGCACGCUGUUCCUGGUGGAGUACGUUGCGCUGGACGGCGCGGGCAACACGGGCAGCGAGAUGCGGCGGGUACUGGUGCGCGACAGCACACCACCGCUCAUCACCAUCGGAGGCAACGACACUGUUGCGGUGCCAUAUGGCACGACCGUGGCACACGUGGUCGGUGGCUACAGCGCACACGACUGGCACGAUGGUGACGUCACAGACAGGGUGCGCGUGCACGGUGUGGGGGACAUUGACGUGUACGUGAGCGCCAGGUACACUGUCACGUACCGCGUUGCUGACCAGGCCAACAACACAGCAGAGGUGUCGCAGAUUGUGGAUGUGCUGCCUGUUGUGCGCCCGGCACCAGGGUACACGGUGACAAUUCGCUUCCAGGCGUUCAAGAACCAGAUCAUCCCAGACGUGCCCGAGUUUGAGCGCAUGAUGACGCAGGACGUGUUUGGCGGCGACUUUGCCAUUGUCCUCUCCGUGGAGGAGCGGGCCGUCAACUCGGGUUCGGAGACUAUGGUUGAGGUUGGCGUGCGCGACCGGGACACGCUGGCGUGGAUCCCGUCGACAGAAGUGGCGCGCGUGGUUGAGGCGUCGCGCGCUGUUGCCAACGGCGACAUCUUUGGGUUUGGCGUGGCCGCCGUCAAGGCAUCCGGCAGCUCCAGCGGAGGCAGCGGCGUGGGGACGGGCGCGGUGGUGGCUGCCGUCGUGUGCGUGGUGAUCGUGGUGGCGGUGAUUGCGUUUGUGGUCAUCCGCCGCCGCACACACCGCAACGCCCUGGGCCCGUCACCCGUGCACAAGCCGUCCGGGUGGGACGAGUCCAACCCGCACCCGUACCGCGUGGAGCACGCUGGCGGGGGCGCGCGGAGCCCGCGGCAGAAGAAGGGCAAGAAGCCGUCCAUGCUUGACAUUGACCAUCGCGAGCGCGCGUCCAUUGGCAUGACGUACGAGAACCCGCUGUUCCAGAACCGGAAGAAAGCGCCGGACAACGGGUUUUACGAGCUGGAGAAGCACCGCAAUGCGCCAGCCCAGCAGGACAUGUACAUGCCCGCGGGCCAGAACGGCGAGGCCCCGCGCGGGUUUGGGUUUGAGGUGUUCCAGGGCGGCCUUGGCGUUGCCGAGACAGACGAUCAGGACUACGACAAGCCCGUCGUGCGCGCAGCAGACCCCAACGACGUUGGCAUGUACGACAAGCCUAAGGUGCGGCUGGACGGCAGCGAGGGCCUUGGCGGUAUGAUUGACGACGACGAUGAUGAGGUGUACGACCUGCCCAACAGGGGCGGUAGGAAGGCCGCGAUGCCGCCGCCGCUGCCGGCAAAGAAGAGCGACGCUGCGUUUGCUGGCAUUCUGGAGGCGACUGGCGGCGACGACGAUGACGACGAUGAAAGCGACGGAACGCCGGACCUGCUCGCCCACGCCGUGACGCUGCCGGGCUACUUUGGCCAGAUGAAACGCGACGCAGCGGAGGAGCGGCUGCUGGAGGAGGCGCCGGGCACCUAUCUGUUGCGUGCAAGCAAGUCGGUUGGGGGCGUGGUGCUGUCGUGCAAGACGCCUGCGGGCCAUGUGGAGCACCACGUGAUGGAGAUGAACGAGUCUGGGCGGGUGACAAUCAACGCGGACCAGCUCAACAACUGCGUGGGCCUGUCGCAGGCGAUUGCCAUGCUGCGCAGCGCCAACACGUUCCUGCCGUAUGUUCUCACGCAGCCGCUCAAGGACACGAGCGAAAGCAGCGACGUCACCCUCAACUUUGUGCGGGGAACAUCUGAGCGGCGCCGCGGUGGGCGGCAGCAGCCACCACCGCUCAAGUCGCGAUCGAGCGGUGCAGCCGGCGGCGACAACGCGACCACCACUGCCGCUGGUGGCGGGGGUGCGCCGUUUGGAGGGUCGUCGCGGUGGCUGCAUGGCGCCAUCUCCCGCAAGGAGGCGGAGAAGAGGAUGGCUGCUGCGGGGCUGACGGAUGGGCUGUUCCUCGUGCGUACCAAGGACAAGUCGUAUGCGCUGACCAUGAGCGAUGACAAGCGCGUGAGCCACCAUCUCAUCACGCCUGCGCCUGGUGGUGACUGGGUUGUGAACAACAAGCAGCUGCCGGAGCGGUGCGAAACGGUUGAGGAUGUCAUUGCACUGCUGGCACGCACGCGUGUGGACACGGUGCCUGCCAAGCUCACCACGCCACUGCAGCCCGACGCUGAGGCGUAACGUAACCACGUCUCAUGCGUGUGUCUUUGUGUGUGCGUAUGUGUGUGCGUAUGUGUGUGUGCGUGUGUGUGUGUGCGCGCGCGCGCGUGUGUGUGUGUCUUUUUUUUUCUUUGUGUGUGUCUUUUUGUGUGUAUCGGUACUUUGACCAUUGUGUUUUGGUUGUGUGCCACCAACGCUCACGAGGCUUCACCACCACCAAGUUAGCUGCUGCUGACCUUGCUCAUCCUGCUAGUUGUUUCUGUUUCCCUCCCCUUCUCCCUUUCGUAUCUCUUGCCAUAGGUGUGAAGCUUUCACAACGUAUGUGUGUAUGUGUGUGUGUGUAUGAGUUUGUGUGCGUUUGUGUGCUCUCCUUGAUUGCAUUCGGUGGCUGUGGGAAGUGCCAUUUCGUCUUCCUGUGUUUUGCUUGCUUUUCUUGGCCCCCAUUUCUCGUUUCCCUGUUUGCUGUAUUGGGCUCAAAUCGAACCACCUCAGUGAACAGCGCCAUGACAGCUGCCUGCCGAC